GUUCUGAUUCCGAUUUCUUACUAUACUCUCUCCGUUCAUCCACUAGUAGUACGAAUAUAUAGUUCCGAAACUACCAUCCUAUACAACUCAAACAGUGAAGCGAGCACCUGAAUCUCCCCUCUCACAAUGUGCUUUUCCCUCCCAGAAGCAUUCGCCAAAAUCCCUCGCCAUCCUUUCCUAUACUCGCACCCCUCCCCGAUCCAUCCCCUCCCCGCUCUAUCAACCCUGCUCACUCGCACCCACCACCACCCCACUACUAACGCCCCAUCCAUCUCACUCUUCGCCAAGCGUGAAGACCAAUGCUCCCCGCUCGCCUGCUCGGGCAACAAAUACCGCAAACUCGAAUACAUCGUGCCGCACAUCCAGCGCGGAUGCGCACACCAGCCCGACGGAACGGACAUCCCCGACGUGACCCCCACCACGCUGGUCACCGAGGGCGCCGUCCAAAGCAACCACACGGUGCAGGUCGCCGCCGUGGCGACCCAGCUGGGCCUGGACGCCGUGGUGGUCCUGCACAAGAGCACAGGGGGCGGGCUGGCCUCGACGACCGAUGCGCCGGCGUUCCUGCGCACCGGGAACGUGCAGGUCGACCGGCUGCUGGGCGCGGAUGUGCGGCUGCUCGAGUCCGACAAUGUCGCGGACGACGGGUCGGAUCCCAUCGCGCCGAUCAUGGCGGACCUGUGGCGGCGGGGGAAGGUCCCCUACUGGAUCCCGUCGGGGGCGAGUUUGCACCCCUUGGGUGGGCUGGGGUAUGCGCGGUGUGCGUUUGAGAUCGCGGAGCAGGAGGAAGAGCAGCUGGGCGGGGAGGGUCGGCGGUUUGACUAUGUCUUUGUGGCCUGUGGGAGUGGGAGCACGGUGGCGGGGUUGAUUGCUGGGUUCAAGUUGUUGGAGAAGAUGGAGGUGCGGCGGACGGGCGCGUCGUUGGGGACGUCGUCGCGCAGAGUCAUUGGCAUCUUGAAUUCGCCCACGAAACCGCGCGAAUACCACGAGGGGAGGGUACUGCAGUUUGCGCGGCGCGCGGCCGUCCAGAUUGGCUUGGACGCGGAGGAUAUCACGGCAGACGACGUGCGGUUGGACGAUCGGUUUGCCGGAACGGGAUAUGGCGUGCUCGAUCCCAAGACCAAGGAGACGUUGGCGUUGAUGGCCCAGCGCGAGGGUGUUCUUCUGGAUCCGGUCUAUACGGCCAAAGUGGCAAGAGGCAUGGCGCAUUGGGUGCAGCAGGGAGACAUCGCAAGGGACUGGCCGAGCCAGUCUAGGGAUCCCCAUCCGAUCAAUGCCCUUUUCAUUCAUACUGGUGGGCAGUCGGCCCUGGGCGCUUACGCUGACGUUGAAUGACUUAGGAGUGGAGGAUAAACUAAAAGGUCUAUUUCAUUAGGGAUACAGAAAACGUGGUUCGCGUAGUAUCACACUCAACAUGCAAGCAAAGACGAGCAGGAGCCAAGGAGAUAUCCGGCAUGACCACUGCCAGGAACAGUGCGAGUUCCGCUGAACCUGGUUCGAGCAGAAUCACUGAGAGGCCAUGUCGAAUAAGAACGAAAGCAAAAGACAAUAGAAGAUCAUGAAGCAAAGAACGGAGCACAGAAGCACAUC